AUGUUGCCUUUGGAUGGCAUACGUGUGGUUGAGUUCGCCGGCCUUGCGCCAGCGCCAUUCGCUGGUCUUGUACUGGCCGACUGGGGUGCAGAUGUCAUUCGUAUUGACAGAGCUGGCCAGGCGACUUCCACAGAUGUCCUUUGCCGCGGAAAACGUUCCUUUGCUGCAAAUCUGAAGCAUACGGCUGGCAAAAACAUCGUGCUUAAGCUCAUUUCAAGUGCGGAUGUCUUGAUUGACCCCUUUCGCCCUGGUGUGCUUGAACGCCUCGGAUUCGCCCCCGAAGUUUUCCUUGGUCCAGAAGGAAUCAAUAAACGCUUGAUAUACAGCAGAAUUCGGGGCUUUCCUAUCGGAGAUACUCGACAGAAUUCGGCAGGACAUGAUAUCAAUUAUCUUGCUGCCAGCGGUGUUCUCUCCAUGCUUCCCGGAACGGACAAACCCAUGUUUCCGUUAAACCUCUUGGCAGACUUCGGCGGUGGAGGAUUGCUCUGUGCCCUCGGUAUCAUCCUCGCGCUCUUCCAACGUCAAUCAACAGGAGUUGGUCAAGUCGUAACCACUGACAUGGUCUCAGGAACUCGCUACAUAUCAUCGUUCCCAUUACUGAAUACUGCGAAUAUGUCGUCACCGUGGUUCUCCGGCUCCCGAGGCACCAACCUGCUGGAUGGCGGCGCCCCAUUUUACGAUAUUUACGUCUGCUCUGACGGUGGAUAUAUUUCGGUUGGAUGCCUUGAACCGCAGUUCUUCACCGCAUUCAUUGACAGCCUACGCUCGGCUUUGCCACGCGACUUCUCUGUGGGAGGAUGGAUACCGAGCUUGGCGAGUCUCGAGGAUCGAAGUCAAUGGCCUCAGCUACGCGAAUACAUUGGUACAGCUUUUCGCGCGCACACCAGAGACUAUUGGGCCGGAGUUUUUGACGCGACUGACUCCUGCGUGGUGCCUGUCCUCAGCCCCACCGAAGCAUCUGCGAAAUUGGGGUCGUCGAUUCCGUUGCGACAUCCGUGUCUGAGUGCCGCUGUUAAUCCGCCACGAUCUUCCCACCAAUCACACGCGACGAUCGCACCCGGUCGACACACUCACGAAGUCCUGAUGGAGUUGGGAUAUUCUGAUGCUGAUCGACGUCGACUUGUCCUGAGUGGCGCUGUCGGAGGCUCUUCGGUGGGAUUGAACAUGAAUCAAACAAAACUGUGAUUGACUACCCACGGGCGGAGCAUAGUGUAUUAUGUACGAACAAUACGUAACAGUAAC